AUGUCUCAGUACCCACCGCGCUCCGACUCCAAGGGGGCUUUGGACGGGAGCAGCCCCGAAGCCAACACGGAAGAUGACAAGACCGAGGAGGACGCGCCCAUGCCCAGAAACUACCUGUGGCUCACCAUCAUCUCGUGUUUUUGCCCCGCGUACCCCAUCAACAUCGUCGCCUUGGUCUUCUCCAUCAUGUCUCUGAACAGCUACAACGACGGAGACUAUGAAGGAGCCAGGCGGCUGGGGCGGAAUGCCAAGUGGGUAGCCAUCGCCUCCAUCAUCAUCGGCCUCCUCAUCAUCGGUAUUUCUUGUGUGGUGCACUUCACAAGGAAUUCCUGAGGAGCCCACGGCUGGCCAGCUGGGAGCACGGAGGAUGGUCCUCACCCACACACUCCCCAAAGAAGUUUCUGAGGAAUGGAUCCUUGACUUUGGACUGUGAGGUCUGUUCCUCCAGGACCCUCCAGAGGCAGGUCCCUGGCAAAUGAACACCACCAUCAAAAAGUCCAAACUUUAGGAAGUCCAAGCAGUCCAGCCACAGCCGCCAGAGUCAUCGAUGGGUGAAAAAGAAGAUGGUGUCUCACUGUCUCCAUGAAGCAAAGUUCUUUGCGUCCAUUCCUCUUCUCCAGAG